CCGCUCUAGUCAGCUGUGGGAACCGCGGUAUUCUGCUCAGCUGGGAAAGAAGUGGAGAUGUGUUAAGCAACACAAAGAUUGUCUGGAAGCGUGUGCAUCUGCGUGUGUGCUGGGGCUGGGAGAAGGGUUUGUCAGCUGGAGCUCUAAGCAGCUAGAAGUCGGAAAGUGUGGAGGAAGAUACAUCUUUAACCAUGGAUGUGUUCAUGAAAGGACUUUCCAAGGCCAAGGAAGGAGUUGUGGCUGCUGCUGAAAAAACCAAGCAGGGUGUGGCAGAAGCAGCAGGAAAGACAAAAGAGGGAGUCCUCUAUGUAGGUUCCAAAACUAAGGAGGGAGUGGUUCAUGGAGUCACCACAGUGGCUGAAAAGACCAAAGAGCAAGUGACAAAUGUUGGAGGGGCAGUGGUGACUGGUGUGACAGCCGUCGCCCAGAAGACAGUGGAGGGAGCUGGGAACAUUGCUGCUGCCACUGGUUUCGUCAAGAAGGACCAGCUGGGCAAGGGUGAAGAAGGGUACCCACAAGAAGGAAUUCUGGAAGACAUGCCUGUGGAUCCUGGGAGUGAGGCUUAUGAAAUGCCUUCAGAGGAAGGAUACCAAGACUAUGAGCCUGAAGCCUAAGAAUGCCUUUGCUCCCAGUGUCCUGAGAUCUGCCGGCCACUGUUCCAUGGCGUACAAGUGCUCAGUUCCAACGUGCCCAUUCAUGACCUUUUCUCAAAGCUGUACAGUGUGUUUCAAAGUCUUCCAUCCUCAGUGAUUGACGUCCUGUACCUGCCCCUCAGCAUCCCGGUGCUUCCCUCUCACUACAGUGAAUACAUGGUAGCAGGGUCCUGUGUGCUGUGGAUAUUGUGGCUUCAAACCUAAAACGUUAGAAGAAAUUUAAAACACCUAAGUGACUACCACUUAUUUCUAAAUCUUCACUAUUUGUUGUUGCUGUUCUUGAGGAGUUGUGAUUUGCUAACUUACAAGAGUUUUAGGUGUCCUUAAUGAUUCUUUCUGUCGAAGAAUGAUGUAUUGUGAAAUUUGUUAAUAUAUAUUUUAAAAUAUGUGAGCAUGAAACUAUGCACCUAUAAAUAUCAGUUAUGAAUUUUACAGUUUUGUGAUGUGUUUUAUUAACUUGUGUUUGUAUAUAAAUGGUGAAAAUUAAAAUAAAAUACCAUCUCAUUGCAAAAUUA